AUGGCCGGGGCUGUUCAGCCCUCUGAGGGCCCUUCCCUCUCACUUUCCUUCCGUAAUACGCAAUUGUUCCAUCUCGUAAUGAAGGCGUUGGAAUCGACCGGAAAUACAACAUCGUUGCCGGAUUUACUGGACGGCAGUUCCGAAGUUGUUUCCCUAUCUUCCAGUUAUGGAGAGGAAUCCCUGGUUGCCGCAAUCAUUGUCAUUGGGGCAAUCUUCUCUAUAUUGACAACAGUAGGAAAUCUGAUGGUAAUGAUAAGCUUCAAAAUCGAUAAACAGCUUCAAACUAUUAGUAAUUACUUUUUAUUCUCAUUAGCUGUAGCUGAUGUCGCCAUCGGAAUGAUAUCAAUCCCAUUGAUGACAUACUACUUCGCAAUGAGGUCGUGGGGCAUUGGAUACACUAUGUGCCAAUUCUGGUUAUGCGUGGACUAUCUGAUGAGCAAUGCUUCAGUAUUGAAUUUAUUGUUGAUAUCAUUUGACAGAUAUUUUUCUGUAACAAGGCCGUUGUCAUAUAGACCCAGGAGAACAACUAAGAAAGCUUUGACUAUGAUAGCUUGCACCUAUAUAAUAUCAACGAUCUUAUGGCCGCCAUGGAUUAUCAGUUGGCCAUACAUAGAAGGCAAAUUCACUGUAGAACCGGGUACUUGUGUUGUUCAAUUCUUAGAAACGAAUCCUUAUGUCACUGUUGGAACAGCUAUAGCUGCUUUCUACUUGCCUGUUACCAUUAUGAUCAUCUUAUACUUUCGGGUCUACCGUGAAACUCAGAAACGACAGAAAGAGUUCGGAAAGCUGCAAGCUUCUCAGUUUCCUCGGCGAUCUAUUCGAAGGGACACCUCUUCCAAUUCCAUCAUAAAGAAUGAACGUUCUGGAUCUGAGAAGAAGCAUGCUUGGUCCUUCUCUCUUUCACAGAAUAAGCCUACUGUCGCUAAUCGUAAACGAGCUUCUUGGCUUCGAUACUGUACUGGCAGAUCUCAGACAUCAUCUGAAGAUAGUUCUGAAGCAGCAGUUGUCAACGUGGAUGAUACUUCAAUGACAUCUUCUUUAUAUACAUCGAAACGGAAGAAUACUAGCCCAACAUGUAGUCCGAUGCCACCAAAUGAAGAUACGCAGUCAGCUGAGACCCACGUUGAGAAUAGUCCACGUAACGGAUCAUAUAGAUUUCGGUCAAGAGAUCGACCAGAUAGACCUGUUUUAGAUACAUAUACGGUUUUGAUAGAGCUGAAAGAUGAAGGAACGCGUCCAAGUGUGCGCUUGAGUACCUGUGAAUCCCCAGUUAUAGAAAGACCUGAGAAUGUUCUUCGUUCAAAGAGUGAGAUGAUUACCGAGCAUGCAAAUGAGUUUGGAAAGCGGUUAAGUCAUAAAGAAACUACCUCUCCAACCAAGAAUGGACGUUUGUUAAAGGGUUUCUCCUCUGUCAAUGAUCGUAAGAGUGAGAAAGAGAGAAAGAAAAAUGAACGGAAGCAAGAGAGUAAAGCUGCCAAGACGCUAUCAGCCAUUCUAUGUGCUUUCAUAGUCACAUGGACGCCUUAUAAUUUAAUUGUAUGUUGGGAAGCAUUCUUUCCAAAAACUAUCCCAGACACACUGUUUCAAAUCAGUUACUGUCUAUGUUAUAUCAAUUCAACAAUAAAUCCUCUCUGUUAUGCUCUAUGUAACGCCAGAUUCCGUCAUACCUACCAGCGUAUUCUGCGAUGUAAAUAUGGUACAGAAAGGCCGAAUAUUAGUCGAAAUGCGUACAUCCGUCGUCAAUGCUGA